CGCACGACCGCGGUCAACUGUUUUGCAAUAAUAUUGGACAAACCCUUGCAAAGUGAAUGAAAAAUGUAUUGAGUGGUAUAAUAUGUCGAUUUAUCAAUAGUUAAAUGUUUGUUCACACCACCUCACCAAUCGACAGCAACACCAAAUUACUUGUGCAAAUUAAGUGAAGUUUGAGUGAGCCACGGAAAGAAAGCCUUAAAUCAUGCGGCGAAGAUAAAAACAUGACUGAAGAGGCUGCCACGCAUGCCUACAUUCUGGUGAACACGGAUCUGGUGAACAUAACCUUGUAUUGGGUGAACGAGUCGAGCAGUGCAGCGCCUACGGUAGCCAGGAGGGCAGCGACGGGCAGUACGGGCAUCAGCGAUGCUAUAGUGCCCAUGUACGUCGUGAUCUUCCUGCUAGCAGUCGUGGGGAACGCCCUAGUCGUGGUCACCUUGGUACGGAACAAACGGAUGAGAACCGUCACCAACGUCUACCUGCUCAAUCUAGCGGUAUCCGACCUACUUUUAGGAGUGUUCUGUAUGCCUUUCACACUGGUGGGCCAGGUUCUGAGAAACUUCAUAUUCGGAAGCACAAUGUGCAAACUGAUUCCAUAUUUCCAAGCAGUGUCGGUGUCAGUAGGAGUGUGGACACUUGUGGCCAUCUCCCUGGAGAGGUACUUCGCCAUUUGUCGCCCACUCAAGUCUCGACGAUGGCAGACCCAGUUCCACGCGUACAAGAUGAUCGCGGUAGUUUGGAUGUCGAGCCUGGCGUGGAACAUGCCGAUCCUGCUAGUUUCGAGGCUUCAAGCGAUGCGAGCCGGGAGACACAAGUGUCGCGAAGACUGGCCGUCCCCCGCUAGUGAGAGGGUAUUCAACAUCUUCCUGGACAUGAUCCUUCUGCUCAUCCCCCUGGUCAUCAUGACCCUCGCCUACUCCCUCAUAGUGUCCAAACUGUGGAAGGGGCUGCAGAGAGAGAUUAAACACAACUCUUCCUGUCGUCGACGACUGGAGAGAACCAGCAGUUCUGCCACCAUGAAUGACGCUGUAGUAAUCAACAACAACACGACAGGUCUGCGACAACACAGGUUGUUGCCGCCGCCUUUGCCAAGAUCUGCAGCGCAGUUCCAAGUCACGUCUACAGAUGCGUACGCCGCCACGCUCAACCUAUGGCUCUUCAAGUUGAGAGUACCGAAGGCGCUGCAGAGAUCCCCGCGGUCGCCGGUAGCUGUUCCUCUAGUCACCAGCACAGUGACGACCCCCGUGGUCGAACCUACCCCUACCAGCACUGGGGAUGACGACGAGACCACUUACACAUUCAGUAGACACGCCAUCCGGUCCAACUACAUGGACAAGAGCAUCGAGGCUAAGAAAAAGGUGAUUCGUAUGCUGUUCGUGGUGGUGGCAGAGUUUUUCGUCUGCUGGGCGCCCCUACAUGUUCUCAACACAUGGUACCUGUUUUACCCAGAGACUGUGUACAAGUACGUCGGCAGCACAGGCGUUUCGCUAGUACAGCUGUUGGCUUACAUCAGCUCCUGUUGCAACCCCAUCACUUACUGCUUCAUGAACCGGAAGUUCCGACAAGCCUUCCUUGCCAUUUUCAACUGGUACAAAUGGAGAGGAUGUUGUGGGGUCAAGGCCCCAGUAGACGCUAACGGGUGUCCCCUGGACAGGCUCGGCGAGGGAUGUGGAACUGUUGGACCAAACAACUCAGAACUGUCCGGUAACGACUCUACCAUCUACAUGGGGCGGGGGUGCAGAUCUGAAGUAGUUGUGCUAGAGACGGAGGAGCGUGUUUAGCAGCGGCUGCUACGAUCCUGUCGACGACGAUUCCUUCUUGUACCGGGUCACCUGGAAAGACCGCCGCCCAGUGGACCAGUUCAGGGUGUUCUCAUAAGUCCAGUGACAACCGUUGCAGUUGCGGAACCAAGUUCCGGAGUGACAGUUACCCAGGUGGAACAUGUUUCGCGUGUAAAUAACAGUGAAAUUAACUUGGGAGACUCGUCUCCGAAAUCAGGACAUUCUGUGAAGUUUAUUUGCAAACGAUUGCCAAGAAUAGUUAUCAACGAAUGUGAGGACGCUGAUGAGCGUUUUGCGAAGCACAAACAGAAAAAGGCUGAAACUCUGUGUUAAUAAGUGAUUUUGUACUCAGAUCUCUUUUCAACAUUCGCAUUAACACGAACCUCUGUGGUGUUAAGCUUCCAACGUUUUCUCUGAAUGUAUCUUUGCUUCUCAUG